AUGGCCAUAGCUAUUUUUGAUUCUAUAUUGAUACUGUUGACAUGGGUUCAGAGGGCUCGUUUGAAUCAUGACCUGAGGUAUCAGACCCUAUGUGUACACAAGGAGCUAGAACGCUUGAGGAUCUUCGUGAAGGAACUAGUUGAGAAAUACUAUGAGCAUUAUGGAGUAGAAAAUCUAGUCACAAAGAUUGGUGAUUUGAAACACAAGGCAUGUGAAAUCAUCAUAUCACCUAGAACACUGGCCAACGACUAUGAUUCUUGGAAGCUCCUAGAAGAUCUUAAAGCACUAAAGACAGAGGUGUGGGAGAUUUGUUGUAAGAUAUAUAGCGUUGGAGUCCAACAAGUACACGAAUCCAGUGUAUGUUCAUCAAGAGCAGAUAAUCUAGUGGUAGAGGAAGAAAAUGUGGUGACCUUGCAAUUUGGAAAAUCUUUCAAUAUUGGGAGUUCAGCGAGAACAGUUCCCUUCCUAUUAGAGGAAGCAACAGUGGUGGGACUUGAUAAGGAGGCGUUGCGGAUUGUGGAUCAGCUUACUGAAGGACAACAACAGUUAGAAGUGUUCUCAAUUUUUGGUAUGCCUGGAAAUG